AUGGAUUUCGAGGAAGAGCCACAAGCUAAAGUUGACAAUGAACGCAUUUCCAUAUCAGUAGUUCAGAAUCAAGGAAGAUUUCGACGAGCCAUUCCAUGUAUGCCAAUGCCAUUAGCUGGCUUCUGCUGUCUGUGUAAUGUCUUUGUGCCUGGCUUAGGCACAUUCCUAUCGGCUUUAUCCGUCUUAUGCUGUGCUGAUCGUCGGACAGAAACGAAACUCGGAUCAUUGGGGAUUAACUGUUUAGCAGCAUUCUUACAGCUGUUGACUGCUCCCUUAAUCGUCGGAAUAGUAUGGUCCGUCAUCUGGGGUGUGCUCUUCAUCCAAAUUGCUCAUGAGAAAGAAAGAGAAAAACGAAUAGCUCGUCGACAAGCCAGAGAGUUUGCUGAGUGCAUGGAACAGCCGAGAUCCUUCUGA